GUGUGUUCAGUUGUUACGGGAGUGAAGGGGUUAACCUUUUACUCCGAGGAGGUGAGGGAGGAGGAGGAGGAGGAAGACUGAGGAGUGACUUUCACUGACACACUGGCCGCAGGACUGAUAGGAUCCCGGCGCGGCUGAUGUCUGGCGUUGUUUCUCGUUUGCACGGUGUAAUCUGCGCUGUCUGGACAGGGAUCCACGCAGGAGAACAGGUUUGUGCUAUUUAGCACGCGCUCUUUUUUUUUCUUCUUAUUUUUUCCCGUUGCACCCUGCGUUUGGGUUCUGCAUGCAUGCAUGCUCUUUUGGAGGACAGGAUGCUGAAUUAAAUCCGAGAUGCAUUGGAGGUAAAGAGAUAUCAAGGUUGAGUAAAGGAAGAAACACGGAGGCAAAAAUGCGAGGCAGUGGCGGAAGCGGCACGCGCCGUGCAGGUGGAUGGGCCGACCUGAUGCUGUACGGAGAGACAGAGCGAGACAGAUAAAGAGACAAGAGUAACACAGAAGGAGAGAGAGAGAGAGAGAGAAAGAGAAAAACUGAAAGACUGCGUGCUGUAGUGCCGCCAUGCUAUACUAGUCGGGUGUGCAAAGAGCGAGCUCGUGAACGCCAUGCUUCCCGGGGUCGGGGUGUUCGGCACGAGCCUGACAGCGCGCGUGAUCAUCCCGCUGCUGAAGAGCGAGGGCUUCUCCGUGGAGGCGCUGUGGGGCCGCACGCAGGAGGAGGCCGAGGAGCUGGCCAAGGAGAUGGACGUGCCCUUCUACACCAGCCGCAUCGACGACGUUCUCCUGCACCAGGACGUGGACCUGGUGUGCAUCAACCUCCCGCCGCCGCUCACGCGCCAGAUCGCAGUCAAAACGCUGGGUAUUGGCAAGAAUGUCAUCUGCGACCGCACAGCCACACCGCUAGACGCCUUCCGUAUGAUGUCAGCAGCACAGUACUACCCCAAGCUGCUGAGCAUUAUGGGUAAUGUUCUGCGCUUUCUUCCGGCAUUUGUGCGCAUGAAGGAGCUGUUAGAGGAGGGUUAUGUGGGAGAGGUGCUGGUCUGCGAGGCACAGGUCCACGGUGGAAGUCUUUUGGGCAAGAAGUACAACUGGAGCUGUGACGACUUGAUGGGCGGUGGAGGACUUCAUUCUGUGGGCAGCUACAUCAUCGACCUGCUCACGUUCCUGACCAGCCAGCGUGCCGUCAAGGUGCAUGGCUUCCUAAAGACGUUCAUUAAACAGACAGACCACAUCAAGGGCAUCAGACAGAUCACCAGUGAUGACUUUUGCACUUUUCAGAUGGUGUUGGAGGGUGGAGCGUGCUGCACAGUUACGCUCAACUUUAAUGUGCCGGGGGAGUUCCGGCAGGAGGUCGUUGUGGUUGGUACAGCCGGACGACUCACAGUGAGUGGCACUGACUUGUACGGACAAAAGAACAGUGGUAUGGGAGGUCGUGAGCUACUGCUCAAAGACAGCACACCUUUAGACAAUGCCUCGCUGCCUGAUAAGGCCUUUAGCGACAUCCCCACGCCCUACCUCACUGGCACCAUCUACAUGGUCCAGGCUAUACGACAGGCCUUCCAGGGCCAGGACGAUCGGCGGACUUGGGACGGACGGCCGCUUACCAUGGCCGCCACUUUCGAAGACUGUUUGUAUGCUUUGUGUGUGGUGGACACAAUCAAGAAAUCCAACCAGUGUGGUGAAUGGCAGAACAUCGUAGUAAUGACGGAAGAACCUGAGAUCAGUCCAGCCUAUCUGAUAAGUGAGGCCAUGCGACGCAGCAGGAUGUCACUGUACUGCUAGACCCGCUUGACUGAUGACUGAAUAAAUGUGAUUGAAGUUGAAAUGACUGGAAUUGGGAGCUGGAAUUGAAAAACGAACCCUGCUGAAUUUUUAUGUUUGAUAAAUUAAAGAUGUGAUCAGAAAUGCAAACAGCAAUAUGCUCUUUCUCUUUUCUCUGACUGACACUGCUUGGAAGUUUAAUCACACUGGAUUCAUGGAGGAUAAGUGGAAAUUUCACAGCAGAUUCUUUUAACACUGGAGAAUAUCACACAAAAAAACAUUUAUCUGUGGCAAACAUUGUUCUGACAUUCUUGCAUGGUGACGAUUGUGCAAAAAAAACCCAAUGGGCCGUCCUGUGUAUAUGUCCUGUGUGUAUGUAGAGCAUUACAAAAAUCAAUAGUUUGACUGGUAGGCCUUUUAGAGAGGAACUCCCUGCUGGUCAAUCAUGCAAUAAACCUGCCUAGAUAUGCUUGUGUGUCUGAAAAACAAAAAAAAAAGUAAUGGCACGUUUUUUAGCUCUGUUUGCAGAACACAGUGUAAUCCCAGCAUGCUAGUGCAAGUCUACUGUUCCUUCACUGUUCUUUAACAUGAAGCUAGUCAUCUUGUUUCUGAGCUUGAUGUACUCAGCGUGGGAUGCAAUGGCAAUUUACUCUUGCAUGCGUAGACGAGGCUGUAAAUUACAUCUCAAACAAUCAGCAGUGGCCUUAGUACAGCAUGGGUAGGUGUUCCAGCAUGCUGCCGCCCGCACUGUUCCAGUGUUGGAAAUAAUUACUAUAAUUAAGACCUAAGCAAACAACUGGUAAAUGUGCUAGACAUUAAACAUAAUGCAAAAUAGUAAACACCCCUUUUGUUUUAAGAAUUCAUUCAUAGUUUGCAUACACUAAGUGUCAUUGAGCUGUUACGUGACAGUUACAUGAACAAUAUAUAAUAUAUUCUGUUUACAGAGUCAGAUUCAUAAUCUGACAUUUAAAUGCCAAUUUUACACUUCAUACCUUCUCAGCUUGAGUUCUGUGGUAGAUUUAUGUGUUCUGAUUGUGUGUCAUGAGAUUUUCAUGUCUAGCGAAAUUCUUGCACAUUAUUGAGGGCUAGACAUAGUCAAUUACAUAGUCGGCGUCAAUUAUAAGCAUAACAAUAUGUAUACCAAAAUAUAUUAAACUCAAUGCAAAAAAUUCCUACGCAAUGCUUAGUGCUGUCUGGGCCAAGACAUGAUCGCAGAUUAGCUGUUUUUAGUGCAUAAUAUUUUAAUGAAAGUUUAAUUAUCUGCUGUAAUUAGUCAUUAGUUCAUUAUUGUCUUAUUACUAACAUUGACCUAAAAGCCAGAAGAUUUUUAUUUUCAUUUAUUUAGGCAUUGUUAAUGUAUUACAAAUGUGUAAUAUCUACCACUGCUUGUUGUUUUUCUUUUCCUGUUUCUGUUCCAAGUUGGUAAGGUACCACUUCGGGUAUUGCAUGAGUGGCACAAAGGGUCAGAUGAUGAUGAUGAUGAUGAUGGUUAUAACUGGUGGCGAAAAGUUGCAAAGGCUAACAUAUAAUGCAAAGACUCUCCACAGGAUAGGUAGCAAAAAAAUAAGUCUGAUCACUGUCUUGUUUGUACAGCGUAACGUCACGCUACUCGUGCUGCAAUGAAAUGAAAGUUCUUGGCCGAAAACUGGAAAAUUACUAGAUUUUUUUUUAUUUGGCUUUUUUCAGACUAUAAACUAAUUUAUAUUAAUUUAUUUUUCUUAUAAUUUAUACUUAAAUCUAAGUCUUAUUUGAAGACCUACAUGUUAUUGAACUGUAAAUACAUUGCUGUUUUAUAGCAUCUUACAUAAAAAUUGUUAGUAGUGCUUGAAAACUGUGAUGCACACAUGCAGUGCUAAAUCAAGCAGGUAACGAAUCAGCUCCAAGUGCAGCAUUGCCAGAUUCCAGUUCAAUUGAAAUCCUGAUAAAAAUGUAUUGAUGAACAUUUACAACUACAAACCUACAGAGAUAUUAUUGAGGCUCCAAGUGGUUACAUUUAGGGGGAUUAAAUUUAAAAGGGGAUCUUUCUCAAUCUGGCAACACUGUACAAUUUCUGGUGCUGUGUUUUUAAUGAAUAAGCUUAUUGUUGUGUUGUGUUAUGGUUUAAUAUGCUGGAUUCAAUCUUUAAAAUAUAAAAGCAACAUAACUUUUCUGUUAACCUUUUUUGCAGCAUUUGAACUCUUUUGAGACCUGGAUGUUGUGCUGGAACAUUUUCGGACUCUAAAACAACUGUAAUAAUUAUUACGACCGCUUAUUCAACUGUUAAAAAGGUGUCUUGGCAAAUGGAUUGUAAGAGAAUCUUAUUUUGAGAAAGUUAUUUUGACAUUUCGUCAGGUUCGAUUUUUUUUUCUUUUUAAGCUGCCUGUGAAAAACAUCUGUUGUACAUAAUUACAUGCAUUUUUAUACAUGCUACGUGUAAUAUAGACAUUUAUUUUUGUGUUUUGGAUGUUUCACAUUGAAGUAGGUAUCGUGUUUUGUUUGAGAGGUGCAUCGAUGCCUUUGAUUUAUACCGCUUCUCCAGGAGAGGUGCAGCACUUCCACUGUGAUACUACUGUUACUGUCACCAAUAUCUGACUCUGUAGUUGUCUUUUUCUUUUUUGUUUAAAUUGUGUCAUUUAUUUUCAUGGCUUUAAGUUCACAUAGUAUAAUAUAUUAUGUUUAUAUAAGACUUCAUUGCCAUGAAAAUCAUCUCUGGGUGUGCAUAUUUCUUCCUAAAAUGCUUUUUUUUUCUUUUUUUGCUUACUCGAUUCCUCCUAUACGUGAUAUUUGUGCUCGCGUGCAUGCUAUUCUUAUAAUCCUAAACAAAUACGCAUACCGUUUCCUGUCGACAGUCUUCAGUGACCUUUGACCUCGUUCUCGAAAUCCUUUUAUGUCGCUUCACUUACGUUUGCACAAAAUGCACAAGUAUAACAACCCCUUGAAUUCGAAUGUCGAUCAUGACAGGUUUUACAUGUUUCAUCGUCUGUUUUUUUUUUUUUUUGAAGAAUGAUCUUAAACUGUUUUCAUGUUAUUGAAUCCUGAGAUGUCUUUAUGGCUAAAUUAAACAUGUCCUGCAGCCUGCA